AUGCAUCCAAUCACGCUAGCAAAAAUCUACAACAGCUUAGGGCUGACACUGUCCUCAGGGCUACAAACGCCCCUGGGCAGUAGUCCCUCGAAGAUCCACGGAAACCACCACUUAUUCUCGAGACCUGAGCUACCCGGCGGAUCUCCUUUCAGUUUAUGCGACGUAUCCCAGCCAACAGAUUUGUUCCAGAUUGAUUCCAUUGAGCUCUCCAAACAGCCUGUCUACAUCGGAGAUGCCGUUCUCUUCCACCUCUACGGCGAGUUUCAAGGAAGCUUUACGCCCAAUGCCACUAUGAACUUCAGAGUAGAUUGUGGAUCGCACUGUGAGGAAUACGGCGGACCUCCGGGAGAGAGGGAAGGCGAAUCCGGAGAAAUGCCAUUCUGCGACUUGACCGAAAUUGAGCAGCCACUCGGCGGGGGAAAGAGGAACGAGACCUGUCCGCCCGUGGAGGGGCAUGCCUUACUCACUUCACCUGGUUACGCCUGGCGCAUGUUCUUUGGCGCCCCGGGAUGGUAUAACUUCACUUUCGAUGCGAAAACUGCCGAGGGCGAUCGCAUCUACUGCGUGACAGCUGAGGUCUGCCUCAGAUAUGAGGAUGAGGAUGAAAACAAACGCUACCGGCCCACUCCUGCGAGAGAUUGCAAGUGGCCGCGGUGA